AAGUGGAAUACCGCUCCAGCGCCAACGCAAUCUCCUCCUCCCUCGCCCUUCCCUAAUCCCUUGCCUGCCCUGUUUCCCUGUUGAGCUCCUGAAACACUUCGCAUCUCUCCCCAUUAUUCCAGCCUACCUGGUGAAAAGGUUAUUUGAGGACCUUGUCUACGCUGCCCUCACCAGAUCCCGCUCCCGGCGCCACAGGCUGGGCUCCAACAGAAGCUCCUCAAUCUAAGUGUCUAAGAGAAACCCAGGGAGUCUCCACGAAGGAGGGACUUUGCCCACUACAGACUAACACUGGCCUCCGAAUCGCCUUCCUGGAGAUUCGGCCCAGCGGCUCUCAAGAGUCGGUAGGGGCAAGAACGUUUCCCCGGUGCAGUGGAAGAAGACUGCGGGCCAGCCAGGGCCUCGGCAUCCGGGGCCAGGGCCUCGGCAGGCGCCCGCUCGGAAGCCGGCAGCCCAGAAGCGGACGACCCACUGCUCAGCGGGACAGACCUCCGGCCUUGCCCCGGAACGCCGCUUGGACAACAACCUUUCCGCCGAGUGCAGGCCGAGCGCUUUUGGGCGCAGCACGCAGGAACCGGAAGUCAAUGGAGGAAGACCGGACCUACUGACUCGAUUUGGGGAUGUGCGGCCCGACCCUCUUCAUGGCGGGAGAGAGGUGGAGAUACUUUCUGGCCCCGUCGAGGUCAUCCCUGUUCCGGGUCUUACAUAAUUCCUGCUGUCGGAAAAAAUCCACUACACCUAAGAAAAUUACUCCCAAUGUUACUUUUUGUGAUGAAAAUGCAAAGGAGCCUGAAAAUGCACUUGACAAGCUCUUCUCUUCAGAACAGCAGGCUUCCAUCUUGCAUGUGUUGAAUACAGCAUCUACUAAAGAACUUGAAGCUUUCAGAUUUCUUCGUGGAAGAAGGUCCAUCAAUAUCGUAAAGCACAGAGAAAACUUUGGGCCAUUUCAGAAUUUAGAGAGUUUAAUGAAUGUGCACUUGUUUAAGUAUAAAAGUACAGUUGAAGUUUGUAAUUCCAUACUUCAUCCAGAGACUAGAGGGGAAAAAAGAAAGUUACCGGAAAACCGGUUCCUGAGAAAGUUCCUCAAACCAGACAUAGAAAGAGAAAGACUUAAGGCAGUUAAUAGUAUCAUAUCUAUUGUUUUUGGUACUCGAAGAAUUGCCUGGGCUCACCUUGAUCGUAAAUUGACAGUGCUGGACUGGCAGCAAAGUGACCGUUGGAGUUUAAUGAAGGGAACAUCAUACUCAUCAUCAGUCUACUUAGAAGAGAUUUCCUCGAUCAUUUCAAAGAUGCCUAAAGCAGAUUUCUAUGUUCUGGAAAAAACAGGACUUUCCAUUCAAAACUCAUCUCUGUUUCCAAUACUGCUACAUUUUCAUAUCAUGGAAGCCAUGCUGUAUGCCUUAUUGAAUAAAACUUUUGCCCAGGAUGGGCAGCAUCAGGUGCUGAGCAUGAAUCGAAACGCAGUGGGGAAGCAUUUUGAACUGAUGGUUGGUGACUCCCGGACUAGUGGAAAAGAGCUCGUGAAGCAGUUUCUCUCUGAUUCUGUACUGAAGGCGGAUCCUCGGGUGUUCUUCCCAUCAGAUAAAAUAGUCCACUACAGACAGAUGUUUUUAUCUACUGAACUACAAAGAGUAGAAGAGCUUUAUGAUUCAUUAUUACAAGCUGUUGCCUUCUAUGAAUUAGCAGUGUUUGACUGAGCCUUAGAAUUCUGAGGUUAAUGUGCUACAGUUAUAUUAAUGUAUAAUUAUUAGCUCUAAUGUAACACCAACUGUUGUGAACAUCCAUGUUAUUGGAAAAGAACACAUUUUGAGUGUAUUUUAGAUGUUUAAAUUCUGACUUUUGGCUAUUAAAUGGUUUACACAAUAAGCCAAGACCAAAUCAAUAAACAUUUUAUGAGAUUC